AUGCUGCAUUCAUCUGCAUUUUGCUAUUGUGCUUGUGCAUCCCGUUUCACGUAUAUGAAGCUGCUUAUCAAUUGCUUCUUGUUAUAUAUUGCGGCAUCAUCCAUACAUCCGUCCUUCCGCCUCUCGACACCAAAACAAUGCCAGACUCUACGCCCUUCGCCGACAUCGCUCUCAGACCCGAGUCGGUGAGGCAGGCCCGCAAGAUAGCCGAGCAUAUAUAUCGGACGGAUCUCCGCGUGUCCGAGUGGAUGAACAGGUUCGCGUCCUCGGAUCAGCCCGAGACAUACAGGGCCGUCGCAACAACCAAGCCCGAGCCCAGAGACGCCAAGAACACUGGUGGCGACAUCCUUCGGCAGGACCAGGAGCGGGAUGCGCCGCCGAGAGUCAAUCUGUACUUCAAGUGCGAAAAUUUACAGCGCACAGGGGCCUUCAAGGCCCGUGGCGCCUUCCACGCGCUGAGCCGGCUGAUGGACGCCCUUGGCGCCGAUCAGAUGCGACACAGAGGAGUGACGACCGUGUCAUCGGGCAACCACGCGCAAGGUCUCGCGCUCGCAGCCGCGACAUUUGGCGUACCAGCCGUCAUCGUGAUGCCUCGGACCAGCACGCCUAGCAAGAUCCAGGGCGGUCCCAAGGGGGAGAUUGUCCUGUGUGGCGCCUCCAACGACGACAAGCAAACUGCGGCGGCAGAGAUAAUCAAGGGACGGGGGUGCAUCUUUGUGCCACCUUAUGCACACCCAGACAUCAUAACCGGGCAGGGAACGUGUGCACUGGAGCUGGAGCAGCAGUUCAUGGAGCUAAACCCGGGUUCCGAUGCAGGCCUGGACAUGGUGAUAGCUCCAAUCGGCGGCGGUGGACUCCUCGGCGGCACAGCGACGUGGUUCAGCGACAAGCCAAACACCAAGGUCUUUGGCGCCGAGCCGUCAUUCCAGGGCGCAGACGACGCCAGAAGGGGCCUGAGGCGCGGGUCGCGGGUGAAGAGCGUAGCUUCGUCGACCAUCGCCGACGGACUGCGGACGCCUGUUGGACCCAUCAAUUGGAAAAUCGUGAGCGAUCCAUCCAAGGUUGAGGACGUGUUGGCAGUGGACGAGGACGAAAUCAAACUCGCCAUGAGGCUCAUGUACCAAGGGACGGGCAUGCUCGUCGAGCCCAGCGGGUGCGUCCCGCUUGCUGUCGUUCUGUUCAACGCCGACUUCAGGCGGCUGUUGGCCCGCCAGCAGAAGCACGAGGGUAGCCGAGCGUUGAAUGUUGCGAUAGUGCUGAGCGGCGGCAACACCACCAUGGAGACGCUAGAUGCCUUGACUUCUGGUUGGAAUCUUCCCGGCUGUGGUGGAAGCUCUAGUUCAGGCCGCAGUCCAGUUGAAUAGCCCGUUGAGAUACUCGUCGGUGACAAGGAGACUAGGGGUUCUG